UACUCUUCUUCUUCUUCUUCCUCGUCUCGUCUCGUCUUGUUCCAUCCAUCCAUCCCGACUUCACCUGUCGCCCGUUUUUGUUAUCAUGGUAUUCUAGCACCCUUUCCUUUUUCCUCUUCCCCCGUCACCAGUUUCGACUGCAUCUGCAUCUGUCUGCAUUUUCCCCGGCGGCGUCUUUUGCUUUGCUUUGCUUUGCUUGCGACGCAUCAUGUCUUAUCUGCAAAACUCGCUGCGACGCUUCCGCCGCACCCAGCUGCACAAUGUCGAGACCUUCAAGGGACAGCCGCUCGAUGAGCUGUCGGGCUCGCUGGGAGACCUGGGAACUUUGCUACCGCUCAUGACGGCCCUCGUCAUUACAAACUCGAUAUCACUACCCUCCACCCUGCUCGUCACCGGAGCUGCAAACAUCCUCACCGGCAUGGCCUUUGGCCUGCCGCUGCCGGUCCAGCCCAUGAAAGCCAUUGCCGCAGUGGCCAUUGCACGCAAAUUUUCCCAAAACGAGACGGCUGCUGCUGGCCUGGUGGUAGCGGGCUUCGUCGGCGUGCUGAGCAUCACCGGUCUGCUCAACUGGGCGAACCGCGUCACGCCUGUUCCCGUCGUCAAGGGCAUCCAAGUCGGAGCCGGACUCUCACUGUGCGUGAGCGCGGGAUCAAACAUGCUGCUGCCGCUGACCUGGACGGGCCCGUGGUGGGGGGACAAUCUGCUCUUGGCCCUUGCGGCCGUCGUCUUGCUCGUGUGCACCUUCGCCUACCCACGCCUGCCCUACGCCAUCAUCAUCUUCGCCGCCGGCAUCCUCCUGUCGCUUGCCUCGCCCGGAAACGAGAAUGCUCAUGCGCCCGACGCGGCCGUAUCGCUUCUCCGCCCGUCAGGACACGACUUUUGGAAAGCUACGACGACGGCGUCGCUGGGCCAGCUGCCCCUGACGCUGCUCAACUCUGUCAUCGCCGCGUCUGCGCUAGCAGCUGAUCUGCUUCCCUCACCGCCAUACCCUGCCGCCCCCACCGUCACCGAAUUGGGCGUCUCCGUUGCGGCAAUCAACCUCGUCGGCUGCUGGUUUGGCGCUAUGCCUGCAUGCCACGGGUCCGGCGGGCUCGCAGGCCAAUACCGCUUUGGUGCUCGUAGCGGCGCCAGCAUCAUCGUCCUGGGCAUCGUCAAGUUCACACUGGGCCUGGUGGCCUUUUGGAAAUCCCCCGGUAUUAUCGCUGUGCUGGAUAACAUUCCGAAAUCGCUGCUGGGCGUGCUAGUACUUGCUGCGGGCAUAGAGUUGGCAAAGGUGGGUGAGAGUGUCAAUACGAAUGCCCGCGAUCUGCGCGUACUCGACAGAGACCACGCGUGGGACGGAAAGCGGGUCAAGGAUCUGGAUGAGCGCGAGAGAAAGGAGAGGUGGAUGGUUAUGCUGGUUACGGUUGCCGCCCUGCUUACCUUCAAGAAUGACGCCGUGGGCUUUAUUGCGGGACUGGCGUGGCACUGGGGCUUUGAAAUUGCAACGAGGAUCGAGGGUUGGCGACAUGGCGAGGUGGAUGGCCCGGUCUGGAGAACCGUGGGACAUGGUCGUGACGAGAGAACUUCGCUCCUGGCUCACACCGAGUCUGAUACUGUUGCGUAAAUGGAGAGUACUGCGUCAUACAAGGCCAGGAUGCCGUUGGGCGCUCUACCUACUUCAGAGACAACGCGGUUUCUGAUUCGACAUAUUGCAUAAUUUAUCUCUAGAUACUCACGAAGAAUGACAGAUACAACUGG